UCACUGCAUUCUGUUUACAGAAGCAACUUUGUACUGUUCAGCUCAGCAGUUUAAAAUAUUUACACCACCUCCAAACAUGACUGGAGAGAAAAGUAAAGAGGCUGGUGGUAAAGGGAGGUCAAGUGACAGCACUAAAACUGCCCCUGAAGUGAAGGAAUCAAAUGAGGGUGGUGAGAAGGAUCAAAGUGUUCCAGUCAAAGACGUCAAGUCAAAGGGUGAAUCUAAAACAUCAUCCAAAUCUUCUAAACUACAGCCGCAGGAAGGGACAACAAAAAAGGCUGAGGAUAAAUCCAACAGAAAAAGGCCACACAGCCCAACACAAAAGUUAACUAAAAAGGAAUCUCCAGAGAGUCCAAAUAAAAAACCUAAACUUGAAGAUACAAAGAAAUUGACAGACAGAAAAGGCAAAGUGUCAAAGCCAAAAGGUGAAAAAGACAAAGAAGAGCAGAAAAAUUUUGAACAAGAUAUAGCUGAAACAGAUGGUCAAGAGGCCUCUGGAGGUGAAGAAAAAGAUUUUAUUCUGAGAGUCAAGAAAAAAAGGGAGGCUGUCUGCGCUGAUGUGUCUAAAUUUAAAUUCAAUAAGAAGCGUGUUCGGGUUUUGUCCAAAGCUGAGGAAUGUCCAGACGGCUACAAUGGGAUUCUGUACUGGAUGUCACGUGAUCAGAGGGUUCAAGACAACUGGGCCCUCCUCUAUGCCCAGAGGCUAGCAAUGAAGCUUGAAGUUCCCCUUCAUGUCUGCUUCUGUUUGGUUCCCAAAUUCCUUGAGGCUACCAUUCGCCAAUUUGGGUUUAUGUUAAAAGGUUUAGCCCUUGUUGAAAAGGAGUGUCAAAAUCUGGGCAUACCCUUCCAUCUGUUGAUAGGGGAGGCAAGCCAUACUGUUCUACCAUUACUUAAGAAACUCAACAUAGGAGGGGUGGUUACAGAUUUUUCUCCCCUUCGAGUGCCAAUGAAAUGGGUAAAUGACCUGAAGACCAGUUUACCUAAAGACAUACCUUUCUGCCAGGUAGACGCCCACAACAUUGUUCCCUGCUGGGAGGCUUCCCCUAAACUGGAGUACGGGGCCAGAACAAUCCGCAGUAAGAUAAACAACAAGCUUGGAGAGUAUCUGACAGAGUUUCCUCCAGUUGUCAAACACCCACAUCCUUCAGCAGAGAAGAGUUCUGCAACUGAUUGGGAAAAAGCAGACAGCUAUCUUGAAGUGGACAGGACAGUGAAGGAGGUGGCGUGGGCCCAGCCUGGUACUGAAGCUGGUCUUAGGAUGCUGGAAUCUUUCUGUGAAAAACGUCUCAAAUAUUUCUCUAGUGAUCGGAAUGACCCCAACAAGGAGGCGCUGAGUAACUUGUCUCCUUGGUUCCACUUUGGUCAGCUGUCAGUCCAGCGCAGCAUCCUGAUGGUGAAGCUGUACUGCAGCAAAUCUAGCGACAGCGUCAACGCUUUCAUUGAAGAGGCUGUGGUCAGGCGAGAGCUUGCAGACAAUUUUUGUUUCUACAACCCAGACUAUGACUCAUUCAAAGGAACAAAUGACUGGGCCAAGAAAAGUCUGGAAUUACACAGGAAAGAUAAGAGAGAAUACAUUUACACAAGAGAGCAACUGGAGAACAGCAAAUCUCAUGAUGAUCUAUGGAAUGCUGCACAGCGCCAGCUAGUGGUGGAAGGAAAGAUGCAUGGCUUUCUUCGAAUGUACUGGGCCAAGAAAAUUUUAGAAUGGACCAAGUCACCAGAGGAGGCUUUAGCUGAAGCCAUUUUUCUAAAUGAUAAAUACAACAUUGAUGGGCGAGACCCUAAUGGCUAUGUGGGCUGUAUGUGGUCAAUCUGUGGCAUACAUGACCGAGCGUGGCCACAGCGUCCAGUGUUUGGCAAGAUCCGUUUCAUGAACUACCAGGGCUGCAAGAGGAAGUUUGAUGUGCCAGCUUUUGUCAGGAAGUACAACAAAAAAGUGGCCUGAAUGUCUCAUGACGACAGAUUUUAUUUGGAAAUAACAAAAAAUUACCUGACUGACUGCUAAUGUAGUUUUUUAAUACUCACAGGUGGAUCCUUAGCUUUAGUCUAAAUUUGCCUGAUGAAUAUACAUUUGUUUUAAAAAUGAAUUUUAAGUGCAAUUUUUUAAAUUAUAAAAUAUCUUUGAGCAAGAACUUGUGUGAAGAACAUAUCCCAGGGGCUAGCCAGUUGGUACUUGUCAGUUAUUGAAAGAAGUGUCUGUAACUUGACAGAACACAUUAUAAAGAAACAUUUUCAUGUUGAAAGAAUAACCUCUGUUAAUAGUUUGAAUCAGAAAAAUGUCAGAAUAUUACUUAUAGCAACAAGUAACAUAUUCCAACAACGUUUGGCAACUUACAUUCAUUUGUAAAAUUCCAUGCAUCUUUUAAGUAUUAUUUGCUCUUAGCUGUGGGCAACUUUUCCUCCAUUGUCCCAGAGUAAUUUCCCAUUUUUAAAAAUGUAUAAUUUUUAUGUUUCUGGUUUGAAUGAGCAAGAAGAAAAUUUUAUUUCUGGAAAUUGUGUUAUAUGCUAAAC